GUUUGACAUAAAAUCAGCGGAUUUUUGAGUUACUCGUUACCUGUUCACUCAGGCUUCGUGUUUUUUGUCCAGGUCGUCCACAACGUUUUCUGUUUUAUUAUGGAUGAUACUGAUCCGUAUUAUUGCAUGCAAGAUGAAGUUUUCAAAAAUUUGCAGCUUGCCAAAACUCUUUACGAAGAUUGGAGAGGCGGAUCAAAUCCUGGUGAUCAGAAAUUACUGACUAAAAUCCGUCAAACAAUCAAGAAUAUAGAGUGGGAUUUGAUGGAUCUUCAGGAAACUAUUGGAGCAGUCGAAAAUAAUCCUAUGAAAUUUCGUCUAUCCGAUAAUGACAUAUCAGCAAGACGUCAAUUUUUAACAGAAGCAAAAAAUAUAGUAAAGAAUGCGAAACAUUGUUUAAACUUAUCAGAUAAUGGCAGCAAAAGAAAUGAUUCGCCUAUUGAUUUCACAGUUCAUAUCGCACCGCGUCCAUCAUCAUCACCACCCUCAUCGGUGUUAUGUAAUGGAGAUUUGAAAGUGAAUGAUCAAACAACAAAUAAAACACAAUCUAGUAAACGAAUAAAUUCUCAUAUUAACAAGUCAUCACCAUCAUCAAACAUCUAUUCUAUACAUUAUGAUCCGUUAACAGAACAAAAACAAUUAUUAUAUGAACAAGACAAUCGAUUGGAUCAAUUAGGUACAACUAUAUCGAAUUUAAAAGGAAUGUCACAGCGUAUUGGUGAUGAAUUAGGUGAUCAAGUUGUUCUAUUAGAUGAUUUCAAUAAUGAAAUGGUUAGUACAGAAUCAAGGCUUGAUUCAGUAACUAAACGGACAGCACGUUUAUUACACUUAAAUACUGAUCGUCGUCAAUGGUGUGCUAUUUUCUCUUUGUUAAUCACACUCAUUGUUAUAUUGAUUUUAUUUAGUGUCCUAUAAUUGUUAUCCUAAAUAAAUAGGAUAUAUAUAUCUAUAUUCGUUUUUGUAUUAUACUGUCUUGUUCUCAUAUUUAUACGUCUCUUUUCCAAAUGGUUAUUUUAAUCAAUAGUUUCCUCAUGAUUUGAUUUAUUUGUUUUGUAUUGUUUACUUUGUUCGAACCAAAAUGUGUUGUUCUCACUAUAUGAUACUAAUGUUUAUAAUCUCUUUUGAAUUUUAUUGUUAACUUAUCAUUUACUAAAUCAACUUUAUCUGUGAUGUUAAUUAAUUAAGAGAUAUUCAGAGAGUUUAUUAUUAAAGAGUUACUGUUGUUGUUCUUUUUCUUAUUGUCGAUGCUUGUAUAUUCAAACUUAAAUCAUUUCAAUGCUGAUUUGAUUGUUUUUGCAUUAUACUUAAUAUGAACUGUAUUUGAAAGUGAUGUUAAUUCAAUCUUUAACAAUUACUGUUU